AUGUCGCUGUCCCCAGCCUGGAGAAGGCAAGCGCUGAAACGAAGAGUCUUCACCUCAGCCACUGCAGUGCCGUGGGCUCAAACGCUGCAGGGUUUUACGUUGUUGGGGUCUGUAACAGGGCACGGCCUCAAGGACUCUUGUUUCCUAAAAACGUUGCAAAGCAACGGGAACACGGAUGAAGCAGAUAUGCCAGGUAGCCCACACAACCAGUUCACCUUCAGACCUCUCCCACCGCCGCCUCCACCACCGCAUGCCUGCACCUGCGCCAGGAAACCACCUCCAACAGCUGACUCUCUCCAGAGAAGAUCAAUGACCACCCGCAGCCAACCCAGUCCUGCUGCCCCGACUCCCCCCACCAGUACACAAGAUUCGGUGCAUCUCCAUAACAGCUGGGUCUUGAACAGCAACAUACCGCUGGAAACCAGGCAUUUCCUAUUUAAACAUGGAUCCGGGUCUUCAGCUAUCUUCAGCGCAGCCAGUCAGAACUAUCCUUUAACAUCCAAUACUGUUUACUCUCCACCUCCUAGGCCUCUUCCUAGAAGUACCUUUUCCAGACCUGCCUUCACUUUUAACAAACCUUACAGGUGUUGCAACUGGAAGUGCACUGCUUUGAGCGCUACUGCUAUCACAGUUACCCUGGCGCUGCUGCUAGCCUAUGUUAUCGCAGUACACUUGUUUGGUUUAACCUGGCAACUACAGCCUGUUGAAGGGCAGCUGUAUGAAAAUGGAGUUAGCAAAGGAAAUAAAGGAACAGAAUCCAUGGGUACUACUUACUCACCAAUUGGAGGAAAAGUUUCUGAUAAAACGGAAAAAAAAGUGUUUCAGAAGGGACGGGCCAUAGACACAGGAGAAGUUGAGAUUGGAGCACAAGUUAUGCAGACGAUCCCCCCUGGUUUAUUCUGGCGCUUUCAGAUUACUAUACAUCACCCCAUGUACCUGAAAUUUAACGUUUCACUGGCGAAGGAUUCUCUGCUGGGAAUUUACGGCAGAAGAAACAUUCCACCUACUCACACUCAGCCGUACCCUCAAACCGUGCCGCCUCAGGGGAACGGACAGGGCUGUGCCGGAACGGUCAGCAGUUGCGACCGCUGUGACGUGACUCUCCGGGAGGCUGGACGGUUUGAUUUUGUAAAACUGAUGGAUGGAAAACAGUUGAUUAAACAGGAACCAAAAAACUCAGAGGAGCCUCAGCAAGCUCCCAGGAAUCUGAUCUUGACUUCACUGCAAGAGACAGGUUUCAUCGAGUAUAUGGAUCAAGGAGCUUGGCAUAUGGCAUUCUACAAUGAUGGAAAAAAAGUGGAGCAAGUGUUUGUACUAACUACAGCAAUUGAAAUCCUGGACGACUGCUCUACUAACUGCAAUGGGAAUGGAGAAUGUAUCUCAGGGCACUGCCACUGUUUCCCGGGAUUCCUUGGUCCUGAUUGUGCAAAAGAUUCCUGUCCGGUGCUGUGCAGUGGAAAUGGAGAAUAUGAGAAAGGUCACUGUGUGUGUCGAAAUGGGUGGAAAGGACCAGAGUGUGACGUUCCAGAAGAACAGUGUAUUGAUCCAACCUGCUUUGGCCAUGGUACUUGUAUCAUGGGCAUCUGCAUCUGUGUCCCUGGUUACAAAGGAGAAAUUUGUGAAGAAGAGGACUGCUUGGAUCCGAUGUGCUCUGGCCACGGGGUGUGCGUUCAGGGGGAGUGUCACUGCUCGCCGGGCUGGGGCGGUGUGAGCUGCGAGGCGGCGCUUCCCGCGUGCCAGGAGCAGUGCUCGGGGCACGGGACGUUCCUCCUGGACACGGGACUCUGCAGCUGUGAGCCGCAGUGGACAGGUUCGGACUGUUCAACAG